GGGGAUGGGGAUAGAAUGGGGAUAGAAAUGGGGAUAGAAAUGGAUGGAUGGUGCACGUGCAUUGAACUGGGACUUUAUUUUUAGAACGUGAGUGUGUCACGUGCUUUCCCGUUUACGAUCAAUUUACUUGCCAGCGUCAAUGCAACAUCACGACGCGAAUAACUUCUCUUCUCUUCCCCCUUCAUCCUGCCUACCACAUCUCAUUUGUCUUAUCAUCUCUCAUCUCUCAUCCUACAGGAUUUUACUUCCAUCCAACACACAACACCAAUGGAUUAUCAAUCCAUACACGGCCCUGGAAGAUCAAAUUUCUCUUCAUCUUCCCCACAUCGUAUGCCUACAGUUUCCGCCGCUCAAGCGUUGCAAGAUUUAGAAUCAUCACCAACGCGUUGCAUUUCCACCGGGUUGUCACUUUUAGAUUUAGCUCUCCAAAAUAAAGAUCCAUUGCAAGUGUCCACAAGUGUGGAUCACAAUCAUGGAGGUAUUCCAAGAGGAAAGGUGACGGAAAUUUAUGGCCCACCCGGUGUUGGCAAAACUACUCUGGGAAUGCAUUUGGCCGCCAGAGUUUUACACCAGAAUGAAAAUGUGGUUUGGGUAGAUUUCCACUCCAGAAUGAUUUGGAGUACUUAUAUCGCUACCAUACGCAUCACAUCCAAUAUCAGCAACUUCAAUCAUUUUACAACACCAACUUUAUCUCAUCUCCUUGCCUUACUUACUUACACCACCCAAAAUUUCCCCCCUGAAAAUACCAGCCUGAUCAUCAUUGAUUCAUUUUCUACUCUAAUCGAUAGUGCAUUUCCCCGGAAUGCUGUCUCUACAUCUACUCCUAAAAAGCCAGGAGUUCCCAAUCCCUCCUCGCGCAAGUUUCCCCUUCUCCAAUACCUCAUCAAUGCCCUCCAAAAACUUGCCACCACCCGUAAUAUCGCCAUAAUAAUCCUCACUCAAUGCGUAACCAAAAUGCGACCCGGUCUUGGCGCAGCCUUGAUACCAUCAAUUUCAGCUACUUCAUGGGAACAAGGCCUUGGAUGUCGAGUAGCUUUAUUCAGAGAUUGGGGAUGGGACGAUGAUGAAGGAAAUAAAGUAGAUGGUGUACGGUUUGCACAAGUCAUUAAAGCGAACGGUACUACUUUAUCGGAGGGAAAAGGAAUAUUUUCUGCAUUUGUUAUUAGAAAGGCGGGUGUUUCCCCCAUUACACCUAAUCGAGGAUCUCCUUUACUACCUAGACUCGCACCCGCUAUUGCCCUCCCUACUCAAAAAAGAAAAAGAUCCGAGUUCGAAAUUCCGGAUAGUGAAGAUGAUGAGGAUUAUGGAUGGGCGGAAGAAGAUGAAGAAUUGCCACCGAUGCCACCUCAAUGGCAAGGGAGCGAGGAUGUAUUGGCACCGCCACAGGGAGAUAGCGAAGAUGAAUUGCCACCGCCGCAGGGAGAUAGCGAAGAUGAGUUAGCUCUUUAGAGUAGCUCGGUCUAUCAUCAUGUAAUGUAAAAUCCAAGGAUCCUACUAUCAUCGGUAAUCAAAUUCGGGGCUUUCAAUUAUUCAAACUUAAGUUUGACACUCAUACGCAUCUAAUUAUAAAUACAGUUAAAACAUUGAAAUGACUUGAGUUGUCAAGUCCACUUUGUGUAUUGGAACUUGGAGCUUAUUCAUCACUUCGAAUUUGCGAACACCACACUGGUAUUCAUGGUAUCAUUUGGAUAUAGUGUCCAUAAAUCAAAUUCCUAUUUAUACUAAUUACUACCCCCCAUAACUUCCUUCUUUUGGAAACCUAGAAUCUGGUCUCCAAUUGUACCACAGCACGAGUAUACUUUAUCUUUAUCUACCAGCUCCAAGCCGUCUAACAUUUCAUUUGAUCAAUAUUAAACACCCCCUUUAA